AUGAGUUCUAAAACUACUGAUGCCGAUGAUGUUUUACAGUUUUUAGAAUCUUUACCGGAACAAAAAUCGACCACAACAACAAAGUAUAAUAACAACAAUGAUGAUAAAGAUGAUAUUCUAGAUUUUUUAGAUGAAUUAGACCAAAAUAAUAAUAAUACUAAUAAUAGUAAUAAAUCUAGUACUUUGGUCAGUUCUGAAAAAGAAACUGAACCGUUUACACCAGUUGAUCAAAAAAAAAUUACACUUGAUGAGAAAAAUAUAAGCGACAAAGAAAAGGUUUCUGAACAACCAAAAGUAAAACAAAGUGAUUCAACUUCCAACUCUAAGAAGCAAGAAGAACAAGUAGAUGUCAACACCAAAGAGCAAUCGCCUAUUAACGAUCCAAUAACGUCAUUUGCAUCUUGGUGGAACAACAGCGGUACUAGUGCAAAAUUUAAUAAUUUAUUGAAAACUACUACUCAAACAAUUCAAGAAACAUUAGAAGAAAAUAAACAAGUUAGUUCUGCAGUUAGCGGUUUGGCCAAGAAUUUAACCAAGUUGGUUGUUGGUGAGACUUCUGAGGUUUUAAAAAUCCACAUAAACCAUGAUAUUCAAAAUUGGAGGUUUACUGAAGUUGUUGAUGAAUCCUUCUAUCAAAUUCUUUCUGCACAAGUCCAAGAUGGAGUAAGGAUUUUUGUAGAUGAACCACGUUUCAAUGAACAACCAUCUGUCCCUGACAAUAUAAUCGAUUUCCAGUUUUUUCAAGGUAAAGUCAAUGAUGGUGAAAAAUUAUGUUUAGCUAAUUUGGAAGCCUCCAUUAAAAAGCACGUGGGAGAUAAGAAAAAAGGCGAUAGUGAAUCUAAUACUCCUAAUACUACUGGUGAAAACGAUCUCGCUGAUGAAGAUAAUGAAGAUUACUAUAAAAAUGUCAGUGAAGUUUUUAUAUCUAUUCUACCAACAGCCGUGCCAGUAACCAAAGCCGAUGAUGAGGACUUCGAUAACGAAAUGACUGUUGUAGAUUCCAAUUCUUCUGGUAAUUUUUCCAUAACUAUGAUUUUGAAGGAUAUUACUAAUGAUAUCACGAUAUUGGUUAGAUCCCAAGGAUUUCCACUUAAGUGGGCAGAAUGGAUUACUAACGAUGAAUCUUACAACAGGAAAAAAGAUUCCAAUGAAGAAAAAAUUGAUAUUGGUGAAUGGGUUAGAGAUUGGAUUGAAGAUGGCAUCCAGUUAACUGUCCGAACAUUGGCACAAAACUAUGUUUUAAAAAGAAUUAAGAUAUGA